UCACGUUCAGACGCAUUCUCACGUUGUUUCGCAUUGCACUUGUUGACAUUUCCUGACGGCUGUUUGCGAGUAUUGUACAUUACCAAUGCUCUCGUAAUAAUUGGAUGAACGUCUUUUCGUUGUUAAGUCGAAUUCGGUGGUGAUCAUAAGAAACAUAUUGAAUGAAUUGCCAAUUGGUGAAACUAGAAUAAGACUAAAACAGAAUAAUAUAAUCUUGGAACCACGCUUCAAUUUCAAAAAGUCAAGAUCAUGUUGCAUUGAUCCUAUUUUGUAAAUUUUAAAAUUCAGUGAACUUGCGAGAUUAACCAGUAAACACCUUUACGCAGCUAACUGGAUUGCAGCAGUGCAUGUGUGGUAGACCCAAAGAGUAAUAGCAGUGUAUGCCUGUCCAUAUCAUACAGACUCGCGAUCCGGUGGCACUCGAGGCGGGUACAGCACAAAUCGCGAACAUGAUCGGCGGCGACCGUUGAACGGCGAUGGACGACAACGACGACGGAGGUGGCAGCAGCAGCAGCAGCCCCGGUGGAGGUGCAGACGAACGGCGUUCGGUCCGGCACCACGGCAAACACCACAAAAUGGCCCCGCCGAACAGAUGGCCGGCCGCCGGUGGAUCGGCAGCGGCCGUCGCGUCGGUGGCCGACGUCGUCCGUCCGGCCGCGGUCGUCGCGAGCCACCACCACCGCCGGCACGACGUGUUGGCCGCUGUGGUCGGCGGCAACGACACCGCGGCCAGGUCGCCACAGCCGCCGCCGCCGCCGCCGCACGUGUUGCAACACGCCGCGCCGGACAGCAUGUGCUACACGACCAACGAAGUUCUCGUCAUCAUCGCCGUCACGUGCUUCCUGAAUUUCGCUUUCAUAUUGCUCAUCAUGACGUGCGUGCACUGCUUCACGGACCCGUCGCAUCAUAAGAAAUUCGGUUCGGUGGCGUAUGCCGAACUCGGCGACGAGCUGUUCGACGCCGACAUGAUCGACGGGGACACGGUGACGCUGCUGAAUCCGACCAAAUCGUCGCGAGACGCACUGGACUAUGCGUACGAAAAGAAAAACGGCUUCGGCGAGUGCGAUCUAGAGUCGUGCGCGCCCUACCGGGGCUUGAUACGCGACCACCGGUGUAAGUCCCGACGAAAAUCCGAAGAUGACCUGCUCAACGCAGCAUUCGAAUGACCUCGAUGGGCGGUCGCCCCGGACCUGUGCCGGGCGCGGUCCGACAUGUUCGCGUUGAAGACCCUGGGUCGGGUGGAAAAAAAAAGACACCGUCGGUUCGGCGGUACUAAAUGGGUGACGGGGCCACGUCAUAAUAAGUAUUCUGCGGUAACCUAGACAACACGCACAUCACAUAAUGCCAUAUUAUACAGUAUGCCCCCUGCCAUAUGUUGUUGUCAACCUGACCUAAUCCGACCUAUAAUAUUUGCAUAUCUGUUGACCUAUGUAUCGUCCACGUUUACACGACUUAUGUCAAGUACAAAAAUCAGAUUUUGGACUUAAAAUUGUGUACGGGACGAUGCACUAAGCAUGCCCGCCUCUUUCUUCUAUUUUGAUGAUGCAGCUAUUUUUAAUCUGAUUUUUGGAAUUGUUCAAUGUACAUUGUACAUGCAUGAAAACCAUAUUUUUAAAUUCUUGAAAUCUUUUUAUUACCACUCAAAGAGUGCAUCGUAGAGAUACAAACUACUAUUUUUUCAAAUGAUAACUCCUCUUUUCCAGUGUGAAUUGUUUAAAAGAUAAUAUUUCUUAAAAUGUUGUCGUAUGAAAAUAAAAAUUCG